AUGAAGCUCGCCACUGUCCUGAGUGCGCUCGGGGCCCUGACGGCCGUUUCCGCCGUCCAGGUGAAUCCACUUCCCGCCCCCCGCAACAUCGCCUGGGGCUCCUCCGGUCCAAUCCACGUCUGGGAACCAACUCUCAAAGGCUGCUCCAACCGCGUCGUCACUAGCGCCUGGGAGAGAGCGUGGGAAACUAUCACCACCCUGCAAUGGGUCCCCGCUGCCGUCGAGUCCCCGAUCCUUUCCUACCCAGCCUUUCCAAGCCAGACCCCCGGUGCCAAGGCCAAGCGAUCGCCCGCCGUAAUCUACAAUGUCGAUGUCAAAGUGAUAGACAAUCAUGCUGAUCUCCAGUAUGGCGUGGAUGAAUCAUAUACCCUCGACGUGACCAGCCACGGCGGUAGCAUCAAGAUCAGGGCUCAGACUGUCUGGGGCGCACUGCACGCGUUUACCACCCUGCAGCAGAUUAUUAUCUCGGACGGCAAGGGUGGCUUGAUCAUCGAACAACCUGUCAAGAUUAAGGAUGCCCCCCUGUAUCCCUACCGCGGUAUCAUGGUGGACAGCGGUCGCAACUUUAUCUCAGUUCCUAAGAUCCUCGAACAGCUCGACGGCAUGGCACUGUCCAAGCUCAAUGUGCUGCAUUGGCACAUAGGUGAUGCUCAGUCCUGGCCCAUGGAGAUCAGCUCCUACCCCGAGAUGACCAAAGACGCGUACUCUGAUAGGGAGAUCUUCACUGAGAAUGAUAUGCGCCGCGUCGUUGCCUAUGCCCGCGCCCGAGGUAUUCGUGUCGUGCCCGAAGUCGACAUGCCGGGACACUCAGCGGCGGGUUGGCAGCAGAUUGACCCAGAAUUGGUCGCCUGUGCCGAUUCAUGGUGGUCCGAUGAUGGCUAUGGCCAACACACCUCUCUUCAGCCCAACCCUGGCCAGCUUGAUAUUAUCUACGACAAGACCUAUGAAGUCGUCAACAAUGUCUACCAAGACUUGUCUAAAAUCUUCCCCGACAACUGGUUCCAUUCCGGUGGUGACGAGGUUCAAACGGGCUGCUACAACUUCAGCACUCGCAUCACCGAGUGGCUUAACGACGAUCCCUCGCGCACCUACAAUGACCUCAUGCAAUACUGGCUUGACCGUGUCCUGCCUAUCUUCCGCACUGUGAAGAACCGCCGUAUCAUGAUGUGGGAGGACAUCACAAUUGCGACCGAGAGCGCCCGCGACGUCCCCAAGGAUAUCGUUAUGCAGAGUUGGAACAGCGGCGACGGCAAUAUCAAGAAGCUCACUUCAGCUGGUUACGAUGUAGUUGUUUCCACAGCCGAUUUCCUCUACCUUGACUGCGGCACUGGUGACAGCAGCCUUGGAAAUGACCCGCGCUACAAUGAGCAAUACAACAAAGCUGGAGGCGUGAGCUUCAACUACGGCGGCAAUGGUGGCUCCUGGUGUGCACCAUAUAAGUCUUGGCAGCGCAUUUACGACUAUGACUUCCUUACAAACCUCACCCAUGCCGAGGCCGAACACAUCAUUGGCGCGGAAGCUCCUCUAUGGACUGAGCACAUCGACGAUGUGGCUAUCUCGUCUACCUUCUGGCCCCGCGCUGCUGCUUUGGGUGAGCUCGUCUGGUCCGGUAACCGGGACGAGACCGGCCAAAAGCGCACGACCAAGCUCACUCAGCGUAUUCUGAACUUCCGUGAAUACCUUGUUGCCAAUGGUAUCCAGGCCGCUGCUCUCAUGCCGAAGUAUUGCUUGCAGCACCCUCAUGCUUGCGAUAUGUACCGAAACCAGAGUAUCAUCUCUGAUUGA